AUGGAGAUUUCCAACGAACGUAUUAUAAAUAUUAGUCCAAUUGAUGAUGAAUAUCUCUGUCCGAUUUGUGUUCAUUUACUAUGGAAACCAGUUGAAUGUCAAAAUUGUCAACGAGUCUUUUGCAAGAGUUGUAUUGACAAAUGCUUGAAAGAAAAGCCGAAUGUGUGUCCAUUAUGUCAGCAUUAUCAAGAAAAGCGUUGCUCGCCAUUACUUUAUGCUUUAUUGUGCAAAUUUAAAAUUGCAUGCGAAAACAAGCACAAUGGCUGUGAUGAUAUAUUACCAUAUGAAUCACUUGAGAAACAUCAACAAGAACAGUGUCAGUAUCAAAUGAAGAUAUGUCGCGGUUGUCAGAAUAAUGUGUUAAAAAACGAUUUGGAUCAACAUGAGCAAAAGUGUGGUGAAAUUACUAUCGAAUGCAAACGAUGUAGACUAGUUUAUAAGAAACGAGAAACACACGAGCAAUUAGAUUGUGUGAUGAAUAUGAUGAAUCAAAGUAAUAAGAAAAUCGAAUCAUUAGAAAAACUAGUUGAAAAUUUACAACAAAAUGUGCAGAAACUUGACGCAAGUAUCAAUUUACAUUCUUUAAUAGACUGGCUCUCAUCAAGUGUUGCUCAUGAUGUACCAUUGUCAUCUUUGGCUUCUUCGUGGAAUAUCAUUUAUGAUCAUCCGUAUAGUCAUGUAACAACAGUUGCAGAAUUAAGAGCAUUAGUAGCUCAGUGUAAGAAACAAAUUAUGGUCGGUGCUAUACAAGGAAGUUCAUCAAUGAUAUUAAAGAUAGCAGCAAUGGGACCAUUAGAAAUUUUAUCUUUAGAUAGCCCUUUAAAUCGGCCAACAACGUUUGGCAACGUAAACUGGUACUUAACACCGAGCAAAUCAUUUGGAUUCGCUCCAUCAUCAACAACGAUCAACUGUGACAGAGCGGAUUAUAACGAAAAAGACAAUGCAGAAAAUCGAUUAAGUUGGCAACUUCACGGCGGCGGGGGUUGGCGUGCUGGGACAGCUAAAUAUUUAGAUAACAAUAGCGAAUGGAGAAAAAUUAUCAUGACAAUGAAAAAUUAA